GUGCUCAGUGAGCCUGCUUGGUCAUUUUGCUGGCGGUCUGGCCUGGGGCCCGUUCGAAGAUGUGAAGCAGGCUCAGCCUGAGCCUGGGACCACGGUGUAAACCAUGGGGGACCAGCAGCAGCUGUACAAAGCCAACCACACGGCCAACAGCAACGAGAACUUGUACUACCAGCCGCCGUCGCUGAAUCCCCUCUCCGCUCUGGGAGGCAACUUGAACCACAACUAUGGGACAUCAGGGGUGGAUGCCUCCCAGGCAUCUCCCCUCUCCCCUCAUUUUCCCCAGGACUCAAGGGACAACACGGCCCUGGCGGCCAAGAACCUCGGCUCAGUGGACGCUUCCCGACAGGCGGGCUGGACUCACGUCGGGCCAGGAAACCACGUCCCGGUCCGGAACAGCCUCCCCAACCAGAACGUCCUGUGGAGCCCCGGAGGCCAGCCGGACGCCAGCGACGGCUACCAGUACUCCUACUCCCAGGCCAACGAGAUCCGCUCGCAGAAAAUCACCAGCGGGGUCCUGCACAAGCUGGACUCCUUCACCCAGGUGUUCGCCAACCAGAACUUGAGGAUUCAGGUCAACAACAUGGCCCAGGUCUUGCACACGCAGACCUCGGUGAUGGACGGAGUCAGCGACAGCGCCCUCCGCCAGCUGUUGUCCCAGAAGCCCGUGGAGGCCCAGGCAGCCCCCCCGGGCCUGCCGAGGUACCAGCCGGCGGCCCAGCCCGUCCACCUGGGCUUCGCCGGCAGUCAGCAGAAGCACCCGGCGCAGGCGAUGCCGCCGCAUUCCCAGCCGCACGUGUACUAUGACUACCAGCAGCACCUGGCCCAGAUGCAGGUUCAGUCGGUCCUGCAGCCUGGGCAGCCGCAGCAGAUGCAGUCGCAGCAGAUGCUCCCGCAGCAGAUGCAGCAGGCUCAGUACUAUAUACAGCAGCAGCAGCAGCAGCAGCAACCGGGGCAGCAGCGCCUGUCCGUGCAAGACAUGCAGCAACAGCAAGCCAGACAGCAGCAGCAGCAGCAGCAGCAGCAGCCACGACAGUGCCCGGUACAAUUACCUCAGUAUUAUCAAACACAACCCAUUAUGCAGCAGCAGCAGCAGCAGCCGCAGUCGCAACCAAUGCCACUCCAACCUCCGUCCUAUCACAGGGAUCCCAACCAAAAGACUGUGCACGACACCCACCCGUUCCCCCAGGACCAGGCUCACUCUGUGCAGCUGAUCCAGCUGGGAGCCAUGCCUCAGUAUUUCUAUCAGGACCCCCAGCAGCAGCAGUACAGUCGGCAUUUGUAUCAGCAGAGCCUCCUGCAGCAGCAGCAGCAGCAGCAGCAGCAGCAACAACCCCAAGACGAAGCCCAGCAGAAGCCAUACCACAGCGACGGCAGGACUCAGGCCGUGAUGAACUCACAUCUAGGUGUCGGAUCCUCCGAGUCCAUGGAAGACCACAUGGGCCAGGAGCUGACCCCGGUGGGGGCCGCCGUUCCCCAGAGACCCCUCCUGUCACAGUCCGGUGUCCAUCUCAAUAACAGAGGGGCUCAGCAGCAGUCCCCAUCUGCCUUGUGGCCCCAGCAGAUGCACUUCCCGGAUGGCCGAGCCCAACCCAUCUCCCCUGAGCCAAGCAGACAGUCCAAGGGAAUGUUUUUGGAAAGGCCCGACGCAAAGAACAGGUUAACGUGUUCGAUCUGCUUCAAGGAGUUCAAGAGCCUGCCCGCCCUGAACGGCCACAUGCGGUCUCACGGAGGGAUGAGAGCCUCGCCCGGCUUCCGACAGGAGGAAGGAGAGAAGGCCCCGCCACAGCCGCCGCUGCCUCCACCACCACCCCAGCAACCCCCCAAAGAGGUGGAAAGCCUCACUCCCAUCGUCAUGCCUGUGUCUGUCCCUGUCAAGCUUCUCUCGCCCGAGCCCGGCCCGCAGGUCACCGCCAACAAUGCCGCCACGGCCCCCAGCAGAGACAAGCCGGCCGGCUCAGUGUCAGAUGACGAGAUGCCGGUGCUCGUGAGGAUGACCUACUCCCCGCCCUGCUCUCCCAAAGCAGCCAACCCCUGCUCGUCUUCUGAAGUUGCCAGGAAGCACCAGCCCAGCGUCCCCAAAACAGAAGAGCAGACGAAGCCCCUGCAGGAUAAGAAAAAGUAUCGCCACCGACCUGAGCCUCUCUUCAUUCCUCCUCCCACCUACAACCUCAACACUUCCCUCUCAGGUGCCACGUUGUAUCAAAGCCAGCUUCGCUCCCCCCGAAUCCUAGGGGACCACCUCCUCGACAGGACCCACGAGCUGCCCCCCUACACCCCCCCACCUAUGCUGAGUCCCGUCCGUCAGGGAUCCGGCCUCUUCAGCAGUGUCAUUAUCACAACGUCCCAGACUGGUACCCACCCACAGCUGCCGCUCACUCCUCUCACCCCGACGCCCCGGGUCCUCCUGUGUCGAUCCAACAGUAUUGAUGGAGGCAGUGUGCCAGUAACACCAGGACCUGGAGAACAGACAGUGGACAUAGAACCACGGAUCAACAUUGGGUCAAGAUUCCAAGCUGAGAUCCCUGAACUCCAGGACUUCACCACUGUGGAUCAAGACCCGCACAGAGCAACGUUGGUGUGGAAACCCUGGCCAGAACUGGAAAACAGAGACGUUCAGGAAAGAGUGGAGAAUCUCUUAAAUUUGUGUUGCUCCAGUGCCUUGCCAGGUGGAGGGACCAAUUCCGAAUUUGCUUUGCAUUCUCUCUUUGAAGCCAAAGGUGAUAUUAUGACUGCCGUCGAAAGGCUGCUGCUGAAGAAGCCCGCCAGACUUAAAUGUCAUCCUUUAGCAAACUACCACUAUGCUGGAUCGGACAAAUGGACGUCCUUAGAAAGAAAGCUGUUCAGCAAAGCACUAGCCACUUACAGCAAGGACUUUAUUUUUGUACAAAAGAUGGUGAAGUCUAAGACGGUGGCCCAGUGUGUGGAGUAUUACUACACGUGGAAGAAGAUUAUGCGCUUGGGACGGAAGCACCGGACACGCCUGGCAGAAAUCAGAGAUGACUGCGUGACUAGUGGAGAAGAGGAGGAUUUAGAGGAAGAGGAUGACCUGGAAGAAGAGAGAAAAUCGACAAAAGAUGAGAGUGAGAUGCAGAAAUCUCCCGAGCCACCUCCCAUACCCCUCGUUGCCCCCAUGGAACUGCCUCCACUUCAGAGCCUCAUGCAUCCUUCAGUUUCAUUUAUCUGUGAAAUGCCCAACUGCGGUGCGGUGUUCAGCUCCCGGCAGGCCCUAAAUGGACACGCCCGCAUUCACGGCGGCACCAACCAGGUGACCAAAACUCGCUGUGCCGUCCUUCCCGCCAAGCAGAAAUCAGGGAGUCAGAGUGGGUACUGUUCAGUGAAGAGCUCCCCGGCUCACAGUACAACUAGCGGGGAGACGGAUCCUACCAACAUCUUCCCCUGUAAGGAAUGUGGCAGGGUGUUCUUCAAGAUCAAAAGCCGCAACGCUCACAUGAAAACUCACAGGCAGCAGGAAGAACAGCAAAGGCAAAAAGCGCAGAAAGCUGCCGUUGCAGCCCAGAUGGCAGCCACCAUUGCCAGGACUACUGGGCCCGUUGGCCAUGGGCUCAUUCCCCUGGAUCACUUGAGUCUAAUUAAACACGUGGAGGAUGUCGAUAUCCUCGACGAUGAUGUCGUUCAAGAGUUAGGAGGGGUUAUGGGAGAGACCGAAGUCGGGGAAACCGAUCUCCUCCUGGACGACGAAGACACAGAUUUACUUCCAGGUGACACUGAAUUGUAAAUACACAGCUGUCUCACACAGACAAUGCGGGCAUACCGCGUUACACCCCUGAUUGAUCAGGAAACCUGGACUGCCAGUUUCUAGUGCAGCGAUUUUAAACGCUCUGUUUAAGAAGUGGUCGUUCUCUAUUCAGGUCUAGACGAGAAAAGUCUUUUAUCUUUUUGGAUUCGUUUGUGUUUGGGGGAAAUAAUAAAUAAUUGGCACAAGUUUUGUUAAGAGGUGUUUCAUCUGGGUUACGUCUUACGUGGUCUUUCCUGGCAGUUAGUGAAGGAGAACCUCGAGGUCACGUUUUCAUUUUGCUUCCGAAUGUUUCAUGAAAACACCUUGUGGCUCAGUCUUCAGAAUCGUCCUUUGUCCCAAAGCUUUCCCUGUCCUAGAAUGUGGUUGAUUUUUAGGCUUGGACUUGGAUGACAUUUAGCCAGGCAAGUGCUGUUUUUCUUAGGAACGCGUGACCUCAUUUCUUAGUUCCCAUCGCACAGAGUGUCUUUGCUUGCAAACAACCCCUUAGUUGGAAAUCCUGGAUUCUCCUUCGGCCUGGAUUGAGCCCUUGUAUUUUUCUUCUUAUCCAUCUUUUGGAAAAUUGACCAAAUGCGAAAAAAAAAGUUUUCACUUUGGCCUGCAGACUAAAGCCAUCAAUCCAGUUGCAGAGGCAAAUCCUGUCUAUUUUCAAGAAUUCGAGGAUGAGGGCUCUGAACAAGGUACCAGUUUACACACUGGCCCCUUGGCAGAACACUGCUGAUGAUCUUUGAUGUUGCUUGCUUCAAUCCCCAGGUAGCAGAUUUCAGAUCCCGCUCAGUGGAUUUAUGGAUUAGACACUAUGCAGGUAGAGUCCUACCUCUGUUCAUGCAUGCACUGUCGUUAUUCAACAUAUAAAUAAACCAAGCUUUAGAAUUGCCAGCCCUGAUUUGUAUCGGGGAGAUUUCUUUCACUGGUAACUGGAGCUAGAAUAGCACAUUUCCCAAGGGUGAAGUGUUUGUGUCCUCGAGUGAGGUUCUUCAAAUAAAGGGGCCGCAGACAGGAAAGCAUUAUUCCUUAAGUGUCAAAGGAGGCUUGAAAUAGGAAAUGGCAUUUUGCUGUGUUGAAGUGGUCCCAGGAGCAGCUCUAGUAGGAGACCUCUUGUUUCAAAUUUCUACUUUAAAAUAGAUCCCUGUUACUUCCCGUUCAAGUUUGCGCAGUUAGAAAUGAAAGGACACUCCUCACCAUCUUCUUGACGGGCAGAUUUUGAAGACCACCUUGGUUUGGUGGAGUUCAGGUAGUUGAGCUGUUUAAUUUUACAGUUCCUAAAACGGUGAAUCGUUUUUUCAUGGAUUUUUCUGACUGCUGCAUAUUGAAGGCAGUCUAUCUCUGAGGAAUUGGGGUGCUUUUCCUGCUCAAGGGGAUUGUAACCUCAGGCAGAAUUAGAGCAGGACACCUGGGUUGGAUGGGCAGGCCAGCAGUACGGAAACCCUCACGGUGAAUUGUCACCUCACAGCCCAGCAGCAUACAAGCAACCCGCACUGCAAGCUGAGAAAGUCAGGGAACGAUAAUGUAGUUUAUUUCGGUUAAUCCACUCGCAAGAAAUAUUUUUCAAGUCAUCUUUCCUCUCCCCUUCCAUCCCCACUUGCGUUUGAAAAAUAAAAGGGUAGAAAGCCAAUGAUCAAAAUGUCCGUUAUUCAAACCAAGGCCAGUUUAAUCACCACAAAGGUGGCUUAGCCCAACAAAACUGGGCAAACGCCUGCCCAAACUAUUGUUCUUCAGUUAUCUUAAGGUUAAGAUAUCUGAACGGGGAAUGGUCCGAAUUGAUUCAGAGUACUUGGAGUUGAAUUUCAUUUCCUGGCGUUUUUAGAUAGGACUUGUGGGUCACCAGCUUUGUCUUUAACCAGAAUUUUGUUCAUUCAAGACAUUCUGUCUUUGGAAAGGGAAGGAUAUCUAACACUUGAAAAUUGACUAUUCACGUAUUUCUUCAAUUUAGAAAUGUUCCAGGUGCCUCCAUUUUAUGAUUUUGAGCUGGCUCUCUGAGGUAAAAUAAGGCCGUAGAGUACUGGUAGAGACUGUGAUUUGAAGUAGCCAAAGAAUUCCACUUAAAUGAGAGGGUUCAAAUCCCAGAAUUGGUAUUUAAUUAUAAUUUAGACCUAAAGCAUUGACUCCAUAUUAAAAUAUUGCACUUAACUUUCUACUUCUUUUUUUCUUUUUUUUUUUUUCCCUUUAACCGAAGCAGUUCUGCCUUGCAUGUAUGCCAUGUUCUGGUUUUGGAUAUUUUUCUUUUGUUUUCAGAAUUACUUUUCUAAUAUUGGAUGUCCUCAACAAUGGUUGAUGUUUACUUUCAAAUGUUCUCACUCGUGAAAUUAGUCCUCUUUGAAAAGCCUGUAUAUACAAAGUUAUCAAAUAUAUUUUAUGGGAAAACGCAUUCCUAUUUUCAAGUUAUAUUUAACUGCUGUUAUAUUUUAUUAGAGGAAAGGUGUAAAUAUUUUCUAGGAGUUCUAUUGUAAAGAAGAGUAUUUUUGAAGAGAAUUAAUGUAAUAAAUAUGAGACCUACAUUUUUGAAA